GCUCAACAUAACUACCUACAUAGUAUCAUAUGUUUGUAAGUGAAUUCGAUCCUGUCAAUUCACGCACGUUUUCUGUAUUGUAGGAAAGCGCGAGAUGUCAAAUCGGGUACCUUACAUUCGACCAAACUAUAUGUAAUUAUCAGAGAACUUACAUGUGCCUAGGUAGGUACAUAUGUAAUCCUGAACUUGGAAGCUACCUAUACAACGUAUAGCUCCGGACCCCUGCCGAGCCGUUGCGGUGUGACCCCGCCAUCGGAGCAGGUACCCCCUCGGAGUUUCAUUGAAAAUUCAUCAAUUCAUAUAAUUGACCCACCCCCACUAUGACUCUUUGAGUGGGCUAAUUUUUUUUUAGAACCGAAAAGGUAGAUCCGUCUCUUUGCGAUCUCUUUGCGACAAAAGACACUCAAUCGAUUACGUUGCCUCCAGUUAACCAAUUGUCUGUCAACAGUUCAUUUUAUCCAAAUUGACUAGAUUACAGCAGACAAGAGAUCAGAGUCGCUCUGGAACGUCGCCAUCAUGUCCAGCUUCUACAUCGAGAAUAAGAACGUAGGCAACAAACUCGACAGCGAAGAUUGGAGGAUUCGCGGUUACAAUCCCCUAACACCCCCUGAUCUUCUCCAACACGAGAUUCCACAGACUGUCAGGUCGAAAAGAACGGUGCUCUCGAGCCGCGAAGAGGUGGUGGCCGUGGUAAAUGGCACAGACGAGAAACAGAGACUGCUGGUGAUUAUUGGUCCAUGUUCCAUACACGAUCCAAAAUCUGCCCUCGAAUACUGCGAUCUUCUAUUGAAGGAAAAGGAGAAACAUCAAGAUGAGUUGCUUAUUGUCAUGCGAGCUUACCUCGAGAAACCAAGAACGACGGUGGGCUGGAAAGGUUUAAUUAACGAUCCGGAUAUUGACAACAGCUUCAACAUCAACAAGGGGCUGCGAAUGUCGAGACAGCUUUUUGUCGACCUUACGGACAAAGGAAUGCCGAUUGCUAGCGAAAUGUUGGAUACCAUCUCGCCACAGUUUCUUGCGGACGUCCUUUCGGCCGGAGCAGUAGGUGCGCGAACAACUGAGAGUCAACUGCACCGAGAGCUGGCGAGUGGCCUCUCAUUCCCAGUAGGGUUCAAAAAUGGUACGGACGGCACGCUGAGAGUCGCAAUUGAUGCAAUCGGCGCCGUUAGACAUCCCCACCACUUCCUUUCUGUCACCAAACCCGGAGUUGUAGCCAUCGUUGGCACUGUCGGGAACGAGGACUGCUAUGUAAUCUUACGCGGCGGAAGUCGUGGUACUAAUUUUGACUCGAAGAGCAUUGCAGAAGCUAAGACAGCCCUGGCAAAGUCUGGUCUGCGACAGCGACUCAUGGUAGAUUGCAGUCAUGGAAACUCGCUAAAAAACCACAACAACCAACCCUUGGUUGCCGCCGAAUUGGCAGGGCAGAUCUCCAAAGGAGAGGACGGAAUCAUGGGCGUCAUGAUUGAAAGUAACAUCAACGAAGGCAGCCAGAAGGUGCCACAAGAAGGGAAGGCUGGCUUACAGUACGGCGUCAGCAUCACGGAUGCUUGCAUUGGAUGGCAAGACACUGUCGCAGUUCUUGACGGUCUUGCCAAUGCCGUUAAGGAGAGGAGAAGGGUCACUGGUAUAAAUGGCUUUCAGUGAACCAAUAUUCCGUCAUUCUUAAAAGGCAUGGAGUAAUUAUGGUCAAUUGUAAUAAAAGGAAAUUAAUUCAAAAGAUAUCCGAAUCUGCAAAGAAAAGGAAUGGAAGGGAAAAGGCUAUUUCUAUGUUAAGAUUAUUAUUUUUUUCAUAAGUGAGGAAAAUGGACUUGUCCUCGGCAAUAUAAAAACCACCAACGUUGAACUACACUACUAGGUUCAAGGUUCCAUGAUGUUUCC